AGCAAAACGAACAGAUUCUGAUUGAUAAUUUAAAGGCAGUCUUUCUGUUCAUCGUUCCAGUGCGCGUCUCCACCGUUUUCACACAAAGUGUUUCAGCCAGCCGGUCUUACCGCUCGACCCAAGCGGACACCAAGCUCCCAGCGGUACCGGGUGAAGCCUCGGUGGUGUGAAGGCAGGUGUUGAGGACUGUCUUUCUCUCUCUGCCUCAUUCUAUUGUUCUGAGUCAUGGCGUCCUCUCUGCUCAGCAGGCAGCUGGUCCUCUCCCUCCAGCAGAACCUCAGGCUCACUGCACCAGGCUGCAGGUAUGCGAGUAAGGCAGCAGCUAAGACUCAGAUGGAGUUUGAAUACGACGGGCCCUCCAUGAAGACCGAGGUCCCAGGACCCCGUUCCAAGGAGCUGACCAAACAGUUGGGAGAGAUGCAGAACGUGGGAGCAAUCAAUUUCUUCUGUAACUAUGAGGAGAGCAGAGGAAACUACCUGGUGGACGUGGACGGAAACCGCAUGCUGGACGUCUACACACAGAUCUCCUCUAUUCCUAUUGGAUACAACCAUCCCUCACUCAUUAAAGUGAUGUCCAACCCCAACAAUAUGAGUGCGUUUGUGAACAGGCCAGCUCUUGGGAUCAUGCCACCCGAGAACUUUCCAGAAAAGCUGGCAGAAAGCCUUCUCUCGGUUGCUCCUAGUGGUAUGAGUCGUGUUCAGACCAUGGCCUGUGGAUCCUGCUCCAAUGAGAAUGCAUAUAAAGCCAUGUUCAUCUGGUACAGAAAUAAGGAGAGAGGCCACAACAACCCCUCUGAUGAAGACAUGAGCUCCUGUAUGAUCAACCAGAGUCCUGGCUGUCCAGACUUCAGCAUCCUGUCGUUUAUGGGUGGAUUUCAUGGCAGAACAAUGGGUUGCUUGGCAACGACGCACUCCAAGGCCAUCCACAAGCUGGAUGUGCCGUCAUUUGAUUGGCCGAUCGCUCCCUUCCCUAAACUGAAGUACCCUCUGGAGGAGUUCACACGGGAGAACGCACAGGAAGAGGCCCGCUGCCUGGAGGAGGUAGAGGACCUGAUAGUGCAGUGGCGUCAGAAGGGCCGGCCGGUGGCUGGGAUAGUGAUAGAACCCAUCCAGGCUGAGGGAGGAGACAACCACGCAACACCAGACUUCUUCAAGAAGCUACGGAACAUCGCACGCAAGCAUGGCAGUGCGUUCCAUGUGGAUGAGGUGCAGACAGGGGGAGGAGCUACGGGGAAGUUCUGGGCUCAUGAACACUGGGGGAUGGACGACCCUGCUGACAUCGUCUCCUUCAGCAAGAAGAUGCUCACUGGAGGUUUUUACCAUAAAGACGAGCUGCAGGCAGACAAGGCCUACCGUAUCUUUAACACCUGGAUGGGUGACCCGUCUAAGAACCUGUUCCUGGCUGAGGUUCUGAACGUGAUCCGCAGAGAGAACCUUCUGGAGGAGGUGACCCGCUCUGGAAAGACUCUGCUACAGGGACUCUACCAACUACAGGACCAGUACCCUAACCUGUUGAGCAGUGCUCGGGGACAGGGGACAUUCUGUGCCAUCGACAUCCGUGAUGACGUCACACGCAACAGCAUCCUCCUCAAAGCCCGGGACAAGGGUGUUCUGCUGGGUGGCUGUGGAGAUCGGUCCAUCCGGUUCCGUCCUGCUCUGGUGUUUAAAGAGUACCAUGUUCACAUGUUCCUGAACGUGUUCAGCGACGUCCUGGCAGAACACAACUAGAACGCUGCCCCCGGACCCGUCCGUCCACACUGGACUGGGCCAAAACCCCAACAUAGGGCCGAGACCAACUGGGGACGCGGUGUAGGAGAGAGGAAGCACGAGAGUCUUAACCUAUAACAGAGGUUCACACAGUAACGCAUACACUUAAAAGGGAUGCUACGGGAUUUUGGCAAUGAAGACCUUUUUUUUUUGCUCCUUCCCCAGAGUCAGAUGAUACUCGUGGAUACCAUUUUUUUAAUGUUAUCUGUGUGCUGUUUGAAAGAAGUUGCUAACUAGCGCUAGCGCAAAUGCUAACUAACAUUAGCGCAAUUGCUAACUAGCGCUAGCGCAAUUGCUAACUAGCGCUAGCGCAAUUGCUAACUAGCAUUAGCGCAAUGACUGGAAACGUUGGCUCGUGAAACUACCUCUAACUUCCUUCAACCUGGACACAGAGACAUAAAACUGGUAUCCAGGAGUUUAUCUGACUCUGGGGAAGUAGAUAAAGGGCCUCACUGCCACAAUCCCAAAGUAUCCCUUUAACACAUACUCAAACACACACACUUGAAUUUGUCCCAUUGCUCAUGUGGCAGUCCUAGCAUUCCUCAUGUCCCAGUAAUGUCCUAAUGAUACGCCUGCAAAAAGGCACAAGCACAAAACAUAAGUCUUAUUUUAGGUCAUAUCACACAAACCCUCCGACUCCCUAACAGAUGGAGGCACAGCGAGAUAUUUCAGAACAAACACACCGAACAGGAGUGGUUAUCAGCAAGCUAACCUAAACCAGGUUGUAAUGAUACAAAAUGGCCGCCGCACACAGAUUUUUUUUUUUAACCCCUGACCCUUGAGAUGUCCUCUGAGUGUCCUAGCUCUUUUUUUAAACAGAACUAUUGUGUUUCCUUUUUGGGGUUGAGAUAAAUCCAAGUCAGACAUUUGGGAUUUUGUGAAGGAAGAAUAUUAUAUUAGAUGAUGUAGUGUGUCCUGCAUGUUGUUGUUCCUGAACUUCCUUUUGGGGUUGAAGGAAUGAAGAACUGGGUUCCAGACUCUCUGUCCGUCAGGGCUAACAGUCUAUUUUAAACCCCCUACUUAUGAACACAUAACCAUACUUACCUACAGAUAUACCCAUGUUUAAAUUGAAGGCAGGUUUUUUUUGCAGUCAGGACCGCUAAUAUAAAAAGAUGUAUUAUGUUUGUUUGGGACUUGGUCAUAUUAGAGUUCAUCCGGUUUCCACGGGAACCGACUCAUUAUUGAUGUACAGCACAAGGUGUCGACGUUGUUCUGAAUGCCUGUUUGUUGUUUUUUUAAAUGUUAUGAACAGGUAGAUAGCAGCAGUAGCACCAAGGAGACGGCUUCAGCAUCAGCACUGUAGAAGCGUUUUAAUAUGGCCAUGAUGAUGAUGAUAACAGUGAUGAUGAUGACAGUGAUGGUUGUUUUUUAAAAUGUUAUGAACAGGUAGAGAUAGCAGCAGUAGCACCAAGGAGACGGCUUCAGCAUCAGCACUGUAGAAGCUUUAUAAUAUGGCCAUGAUGAUGAUGAUGAUGAUGAUGACAGUGAUGGUGAUGAUGAUAACAGUAAUGAUGACGAUGACAGUGAUGAUGACACCUGUCUUGUUAACCAGCCCAAUCAGUAUUGUAUAGAGAGCUGAUUUCCUGUUAACCCUUAACAACAGUAGAAGCAUUGCUAUGUUUGUUUACAUUGUUCCGUGAGGUUAAAGGUUAUUGCAGAUCUCUUAAUUAUUGUUGUCUAUGAAGCAUCCUCUUUAUGUAUCCUAAAAUAAAAAACCCAGAAUCACAUUUUAA